ACCGUCUAUUCCUCGGCGGCGGCAGCGGGAGCAAACGGCGCGCUCUGCAAAUCUUGUGGCCUUUCCUUCUCCGUCUUCAGGAAAAAGCACACGUGUUGCGAGUGCAAGAAGGACUUCUGCUCGGUCUGCUCCGUCUUGCAAGACAACCUGCGCCGUUGCUGCACCUGCCAGCUGCUGCAGGAGGCGGCCUUCCAGCGGCCGCAGCUGAUGCGCUUGAAAGUCAAGGACCUGCGCCAGUACCUGCUCCUCCGGAACAUCCCCACGGACACCUGCCGGGAAAAGGAGGACUUGGUGGACCUCAUCCUCCGCCAUCACGGCUUGGCCUCCGAGGAGGAGACGGACACUAGCAGCCUGUACUCCGCGCGGUCGCAGGCCUCCAGCCUUUCCACCCAGCACGUUUCCCUCUCUGGCUCGGUGUCCUCCUCCCAGGGGGACCUCGCCAACCGGCAGGAAAACGCGGCCAACGAGACGCAGUUACAGGGGCCAAGCGAGAGACUCUCGGCUGAUCUGGGGGCGGAGGAAGACCACGCAGCACAAGAAACUCCGGGCCAGUCCAGGAAGCGUGCCAGGGCCUCGCUGUCCGAUAUUUCCAGCCUCGAUGACGUGGAAGGGCUGACCGUCCGGCAGCUGAAAGAAAUCCUGGCUUGUAACUUUGUCAACUAUUCGGGAUGUUGCGAAAAAUGGGAACUGGUAGAAAAAGUCAGCCGGCUCUACAGGGAGAACCAGACGAAUCACCGGCUGCAAGGAGAGAAGCCUCCGCUGACCGACGAGGACGACAACCUCUGCCGGAUCUGCAUGGACGCGGUCAUCGAUUGCGUGCUGCUGGAGUGCGGCCACAUGGUCGCCUGCACCAAGUGCGGGAAGCGGAUGAGCGAAUGUCCGAUCUGCCGCCAGUUUGUCGUUCGGGCCGUUCACGUCUUCAAGUCCUGAGCGGCUGGGCUCAGCCCCGCCCGGACGCUUGCCGCUGCACAUUUCCUCCCGAGACGGCCGCGUGGGGAAAGGGGGAGGCUCUGGAAAGCCUCCCUCCCAGUCCAUUCAUAGCAUCCCGUCUGGGAGCUUCGGAGCUUCGAUCGAUUGUAUUUCUGCUUUGCAAGUCAGAUGCCUCUUAAAAGAUAGAGAUGUGUGAACUGGAUUGCUUUUCCUUUUUCCUUUUUUAUUCCCCCCCCCCACCCGAGACAAAAAAAAAAAAGGCAAGACUCGAGUUCAAGAGUCAAACUUGCAGGAGGAGAUUGCUCUCUUUUGAAAAAUAGCACAAAGAAAGAGAGAGGAGAUGAAGGAGAGCCGAGUUUAAUCUUCUCGGAGUGCAACGGGAUGAAGCAGAGUCUUCCCAGGGGGUGCGGGGGACCGGGGUGUGUGUGUGUGUGGUUUCUCGCCUCGGGAGGGAAAUUGGGUGGGUGGGCUGGCAGAGCAGUUUUUGUGCCAAUCGGCCCAGAGUGUCAUCCCACCUGGCGAUCUACAAUUAGCCUUAAUGGAAAGAAUUGAAAGCUGCCUUUUACAGCCUGCGUCAGAGAGAGAGAGAGAGAGUGAGCCAGUUUGCAUCUCCGUUCCGACACCCUUAAAAACGUCCUUGGAUUCAGAGCGGGAAGUGUUGAGUUUGCCGCGUUGAUCUGGCGUCCAAAAGUGAUGCUGGAUUGCGUGCAACAAUCUGUAAAGCACGCGUAGGCAUGGGGAAAUGUUUGAAAAAGCACCGUAUAAAUUUAAAACAUACAAACCGGACGGAGGCAGUAAAAGAAUCAACUGCAAGGUUGAAUGUCUAGUUCCCUGGGACAUCCCCCCCCCCCCAAACCUGCUGACACAACCGGGUCUUGGGGUGGGGAGGG